UGUGUCUUCACGUUUAUUCUCUCUUUUUUUCUCUCUCUCUCUCCCCCUUCAUCCUUCUCACAUGACGAUUUCAGCGCAGCAGCAGGCGCCUGGUCAUUGAAUUACGCGUCUCACCUCCUCGUCAUGACAACUAGCUGCGAGAUUGAAAUAUCGCAUGUGGUGUCCUAUAAGAGAGAGGGGGAGAGAGAGAGAGAGAGAGAGAGAGAGAGAGAGAGAGAGAGAGAGGCUGUAGAGGCUCGGGCAGUGGGAUCCUCUUCAGUGCAGGCUGCGCCGCCUCCACACAGCACCGCCGCGUCCCGCGCAUUUGAACGCAUCUGCGGUUCCCUUCCACAUGAAAAACCAAAAAAACCCUUAAAAGAAAAAGCAUGAAGGCUAAACGGAAGAUCCCCGCGCCGUUCCUCAGUCUGAGCCUCCACUUUCCGCUGAGAGCAUCAGACGCCGAGUGAAGCCCAGAGGAGGAGAGGAGCACCACGCAAGCGCGCAAAGAAGAGAUUUUUUUUUUCCCUUUUUUUUUUUUGGGACACCUGAUUUUGUGUGUGUGUGUGUGUGUGUGUGUGUGUGUGUGUGCGGGGUGUCUUUCAGAGCUGACUGUUAUAGAGUCAAACAGUCGGUGGUUGUUGUGUUUAUUAUUAUUAUUAUUUUUUCCUUUUUUUGGUUUUCUUCAUUUGAAGCUCCCCUCAGCGGGCACACACACACGCACACACACACCGUGGAUUAUUACCGGCAUGGACAAAUGGGGGAAAGAGGACAGAUCACUGCGUUGACUUUUUUCGAAGCAGCGCGCAGAGUCUUGACGCUAUAGCGUUACGCAUUUAUUUUACUGUGAGUGCUCCCCCCCCCCUCCACCAACCAACCAACCAACCAGCCCUCCUCCUCUACCUCCCCUUCUCCUGUUUGAAUCAUACUCCGCCGCUGCAUCUCAACAUUAUUAAAGUCAAAUAUCUGUGGAUAAGGAAAAGAGAGCAGAGGGUGUUGUCAGAAGAGAGGGAUGAGAAGAGGAGGAGGAGGAGGGGGCAGUAUGAGGUGUGCUUUUUUUGGAAAAGCCGGAGAAAGACAGACGCCGAGAAGGUGCACCGAUGUGCGAGAGCCUGCGACGCGCUGCCCUCCUGAGAAAUAAUCGCGAUCAAGGGGGAAGAAAUGGCCUAGUUAGAACCUCAUCGACACACCGACCAGGCAGAGGACGGAACCAGAAGAAUCGUGUUCAGAUGGACGGGCCAUCAUCAUCGUCAUCAACAUAAUUCCGGCUGCUCGCACCGAGUCUUUUUUUAGGUGUAAUUGGCUUCCUGACUGCAGCUCUGGACCCAUCAGGAGUUCCGAGGCGGACGACGGAUGAGACCACAGAGUCUACCUGAGAAUGCUACCUGUCCCUCACCAUGUCACCCUAGGAAAACAGUUAAUCUGUCCCCGUCCACAGAUCCUCUUUUUGCCUUUGUUAUCUCCCAUCACCCACUGAGUUUGUGAUCCUCCUCUGCACCGAGCUGAAGUCCUACUCAUAUGACGAAAACAGCUUUUAUUUUGGACAUGUUGUUUUUUCCUCUCAAUGCUGCCAGCCACCAAGGCUAUGGUGGGAAGCGCCGUUAUACUUCUCAGCAGGUUGCUGAUCACUGUCUGCUGUGGCUCUUGGGACUAGCGCUACACCUGACCCUGUCCACAUGUCAACGGGUCGACCUGAAACACCCCAUAGUAUCCACAGGCUAUGGAAAGGUCCGUGGUAUUAGGAGGGAUCUCAACAAUGAGAUCUUGGGGCCCGUGGAACAGUACUUAGGCGUGCCGUAUGCCACCGCACCUAUCGGCGAGCGCCGCUUUCAGCCUCCCGAAGCUCCGGGCUCCUGGCAAGAGAUCCGCAAUGCCACCCAGUUUGCCCCAGUGUGUCCCCAGAACGUGCACGGGGUUCUGCCUGAGAUCAUGCUACCAGUGUGGUUCACAGACAACCUGGAUGCUGCAGCGACGUAUGUUCAGAACCAGAGCGAGGACUGCCUUUACCUCAACAUCUAUGUGCCCACUGAAGAUGGUCCGCUCACGAAAAAACAAGAUGAAUCUACAAUGAACAGACCAAGGGAUGAAGAUAUUCGGGAUCGUCGUAAGAAGCCGGUGAUGCUGUUCAUCCACGGGGGCUCCUACAUGGAGGGCUCAGGGAACAUGUUUGACGGCAGCAUCCUUGCUGCCUACGGAAACGUCAUCGUGGUCACCAUGAACUAUCGGCUCGGUGUGCUCGGGUUUCUGAGCACAGGGGACCAGUCUGCUAAGGGGAACUAUGGCUUGUUGGACCAGAUCCAGGCCCUGCGCUGGCUCAAUGAAAACAUUGGCCACUUUGGAGGGGACCCAGAGAGAAUCACCAUCUUUGGCUCGGGAGCUGGCGCCGCCUGUGUGAACCUCCUCAUCCUCUCCCACCACUCUGAGGGCUUGUUCCAGAGGGCCAUCGCUCAGAGUGGCUCGGCCAUCUCCAGCUGGGCGGUCAACUACCGACCCGUGAUGUACACCAAGAUCCUGGCAAGGAAGGUCGGCUGCUCUCUGGGAGACAUGGCCGAGUUGGUGGACUGCCUGAGGAGGAAGAGUUUCCGAGAGCUAGUGGACCAGGACAUCCAGCCUGCGCGCUACCACAUCGCUUUCGGACCUGUGGUAGACGGGGACGUGGUGCCCGAUGACCCCGAGAUCCUCAUGCAGCAGGGCGAGUUCCUGAACUACGACAUCUUGCUGGGUGUCAACCAGGGAGAGGGCCUGAAGUUUGUGGACGACAAUGAAGGAGAGGACGGGAUCUCAGCCGCCUCGUUCGACUACACCAUCUCUAACUUUGUGGACAAUCUGUAUGGAUAUCCUGACGGUAAAGAUAUCCUCAGAGAGACCAUAAAGUUCAUGUACACAGACUGGGCCGACAGGGACAACAGCGACAUGCGUAGGAAGACCCUCCUGGCUCUGUUCACCGACCAUCAGUGGGUGGCCCCGGCUGUCGCCACUGCCAAGCUGCACGCCGAGUUCCAAUCGCCAGUCUUUUUCUAUACCUUCCACCACCACUGUCAGACCGAGGCCAGGCCGGAGUGGGCGGACGCGGCCCACGGAGACGAGAUCCCCUACGUGUUCGGGAUUCCCAUGGUGGGAGCCACCGACCUGUUUCCCUGUAACUUCUCCAAGAAUGAUGUCAUGCUCAGUGCUGUAGUCAUGACGUACUGGACCAACUUUGCAAAGACAGGGGAUCCAAACCUGCCAGUUCCUCAGGACACCACCUUCAUCCACACCAAGCCCAACCGCUUUGAGGAGGUCAUCUGGACCAAGUUCAGCUCCAAAGACAAGCAGUACCUGCAUAUCGGCCUGAAGCCUCGCGUCAGAGACAACUACCGGGCCAACAAGGUGGCCUUCUGGCUGGAGCUCGUGCCGCAUCUUCACAGCCUCCACAAGUUAAUGCCAAUACCCAUCACGACUCCACUGCCACCCGGAGGCUCCAAACCCCGCCCUAACACCUCCACGCGCCCUGUGAUCUCCACCUACCCGCCCGAGUCUGACCCCGAUAGUUCAGAGAGACCCCGCUACUCUCCCUUCCCCGACGAGACUAGGGACUACUCCACCGAGCUGAGCGUGACAGUAGCUGUGGGCGCCUCGCUUCUUUUCCUCAACGUGCUGGCCUUUGCCGCGCUUUACUACAAACGGGAUAAGCGCCACGAACUCAUGCAGAGACGCCACCGCCGACUGUCCCCGCAGCGUGGCACAACAAUGGGAAUGGGCGUCGGCAUGGGAGUGGUAGGGGCCCCGCCGCACAACGACCUGGCGCUGAGUCAGGAGGAGGAGCUGAUGUCGCUGCAGAUGAAGCAGCAGAGGGUGGAGCUGGAGCACGGCACGCCUCUCCCGUCCCGCGGCAUCCACGGCGACCUGGAACCCCUGCGGCCUCCCGUGUGCCCGCCCGACUACACGCUGGCCCUGCGGCGAGCGCCGGAGGACGUGCCGCUGAUGACGGCCAACACCAUCACCAUGAUCCCCAGCACCAUCAGCAGCAUGCAGCCCCUCCACCCCUUCAACACUUACCCCCCUGUCCCGGCCCCCUCCACCACACCCGUCCCCAGCCACAGCAACAAUGCCCUGCCACACCAACACUCCACCACCCGUGUAUAGGACCAGGCACAACCCCACUCUGGGCUUACAGAGACGCACCACACAAACUGCUCCAUACAAAACUCCACCCUCACCGCCCUCUCUUCUUCUUCUUCUUCUUCUUCUUCUUCUUCUUCUACUCCUUCUUCUUCUUCUUUACUGUAUCUGUGUCUUUUUUUCUCAUCAAGCCCUCGAAUAAAGCUGCAGUUUGUAAGAUUUUAAGCAGUGAAAUACCUCUAAAAACGUAAUCACAAAUCAAGGAGGAGUUGAUUAAAAAAGCUCCCUUGCCAAAAGCCUGUCAUCGUAGGUACAUACCGCUUCGCCCCGUCACAGCUCGCUCAAUAUCCCUCGCUUAGGUGAGCCACCAGACGCAGCUUCCAGCCUGCAGCUCUCUCUGUCUCUCUCUGUAUUUCCCAGAGCUUACAGAGCUAAUCACAAUCAGUCAGGCAUCUUAUGUGUAGCUUGGUUGUUUUUUUUUUUUGGUUUGUUUGUUUUUUAACGCAUGUGUUGUCGUGUCAGUGUAAAAACUAUGUUUGACAUAGAACACAUCCACUCAUUUUUUUUUUUUUAUUCACUUAGUGAAAAAAGAUAAGGCGGUAGCAAGCAGCUUUUUUUUUUUUCUUUUUUUUUUUUUUUUUUGGCGAGGCGACAUAUGCCCCGACAAGCUGUCUGCCGUAAAGAUUUCUUGAAACUUACAAAUUGCAGCUUUAAAGGCCCAAUCUGGAAGUGAAACUUGGCACCCUGUGUUGAGCGCCGCGUCCCAACAGCCGCGUCUGUGUUCUGACUUCGGAGACGUUUGUUAGUGUGAAGCGUAUUCACAGCACUGCAGGUAUAAAGGGUGAACUAUCCGACAGCGGAGCACGAGUUUUUUUUUUCAGUGAUUUUAAAACUUUAAUUUCCGCUGCUUACAAAUUUAUCUGUUUUUCAUCUACAAUGCGACCUAAAUACCACCGAAGAAGUCCUGUGCUUUUUUUUUUUGCUUUAUCUGUACACACACACAAAUGUUGCUUUCCAAACAUUUCCAGAUUGGGGCUUCAGGUGUCGGGCGAUACAGGAAAUAACUGAAUCACACUCAGUCUGUCUGUGGGAUGCAACCUGGAAUCCAGGCUGCCCAUUAGAACUCGCUGCGUCUCCGCUCCGGUCACGUCCAUCAAUUUAUUUGUCACUCUUUGUCUCUCCGUCUCGUCUCCCCCCCUCCACCUAAACCCGCUUCUCUCUUUCUCCACUUCUCUUCUGCAUCUUGCCCUUGUAGCUCUUUUUAUUGGAAAAAAAAAACCCCAUCAACCAUCUUCACUUCUCUCUCCUCUCUUUCCUCGCAAUCACUUCUAGACUCUCUUUUCCUUUUGGAGUCUUUUAUACAAAAAAAAAAAAAACACAAAUGUAAAUGAUGUAUUAUUAAUAAAUUGUAAGGAUAUGAAUGAAAAAAAAAAAGAUAUUCUGAUAUCUCGUUUUUACCAGCAUUCUUGGUGCCAAGUACUGUGAUAAAGUUCCUCUCUCGCUGGCGUCCAGUGGACCGCCCGGAGAGGUCCGUCCUGACUGUAUCUUACAAAAAGGAAAUACCAUCGUAAAAAAAAAAAGUGCCAACCCCUUCAUCUUUCUUUCUUUUUUGAUCCAUGCACUUUUUUUUUGUUAUUUGUUUGUUUUGUUUUUAACUACACUCAAUGUUGCACUGUGGCUGGUCCCUUCUUUAAAAGGGAGAUCAGAUUCAAUAUAUCCUUGUUUAAAGAAAAGAGAGAAAAAAAAGAAUAUGAAGUUUUAUUAACUACUUUGGGAUGUUUGCAUGUUUUUUGUUUUUUUUCUUUUAUAAAGUAUGUGGACAGAGACGUUUGUUUGUCAUUUUAAUGAUUUGCCUUGUUCUUCAUUGAUUUUUCUUUUUUUUUUUUGCUUUCUUUUCAUUUCGAGAAUCAGUUUUCUAUUUUAAUAUCAGCUGCACUUUGUGGUACUUUCAGAAAAAAAGGUAUUAAAGUAUUAAGAGAUGAAUAUUGUGUAAAACUAUGAUUAUAACAAAGAGAGUAAAUAUUUCCUCUUUAUUUUUUUCAUUUCCUAACACUGAGGCUGUGCCGCAAAAACUACCAGAGACUGACGAAAAGCCUUUUUUUCUUCUCUCCUCCCUCUUUUUUUGCUCUGUUUCUCUUUAUCUUUUGCAACUGUCAAGUUCGCAGUCACUGUAUCUCAAUCUCACCUGAAGAUAGCACUUUUUUGAGUUACAUAAAAAAAAAGAAAAACUACUUUACAUGAAUACGUCUAAAUAAGGUUUUUGUCUGUGACUGACAUUAACCACAUGCUUCAAGUGUUUGAAGACUGCCUGACAGUUAUCUUUUCGUCUGCUCUUUUCUUGUUUCAUGACUCUCCUCCUCCUCCUCCUCCUCCCCCCACCUCUCUCUGCAAGGCGGGAGGAAAAAGGGAUAAGAUAUAUAUUUAUGACGACGGUCAAAAAAAAGGUGAGAAAGCCUUUGUACGCCUUUCACAUCUUUUUCGCACAACUGAACACAGAGACGGGUCACACUCUGGACAAAAUCUGAAAAAUAAAAACAAAACAAAACAAAAAAAGCCCCAGUGACAUCAGGACAAACACUGGACAAACAGCGACAGUGAAUCCACCGGCGAACCAUCCGUCGGUGCGCAAGAGGAUACAUUCUACAAAAAAAAAAACCUGAUUUUAAAAAAAAAAGAAAAAAAAAAUCUUUAAUGACAGACAUUACUCAUUACACCAUAUAUCACAAAAGCAAAAGGCGAGCGGGUUUCAUUCCGCCUGCAUCCUGUCUGCUUAGGAUAACGACACUCUGGAGCCAGACUGCCACCCUCCCCCCCCCCCGUCACACUGGACUUGGAGCGAGGACAAAAAGAACAAAAACCAACACAUGAAAAACAAACUGUACAUUUUUUAAGUGUAGGAGAAACAAAACUGGAAUUUGUAAAUAUUAUGUUUGUCGUUUGGUUUGAGUGACUGGCCGGAUCUUUUCUUUGUCGACAACAGGUGCAAGUUUAGAUGAACCUAACAUGAUUUUUAGCGCUCAUGUUUCGAUUCUCCUUUCCUUUCCCCAGAUCUCAAGGGUAAAAAUUCCAAUUGGUUACGGGCACAUGAGUACAUCUCUUAACAUACAUGAAUUAUUAAGAAAAGAGAGGGGAAAAAAAAAUCACAGCAUGGUUGAGGUCAGCAUAAACAUGAAAAGGAAUGCUUACGGCUCAGGUUAGCCUUGAUAUCGGUGGGGUGAUAGAAAAACUGCAUAGAGGGCUUUCGAAGGCGUUACGUACACACCUGGCACUGUCCCAUCAGUCAUGAAGGCAGCUUCUGAGUGAAAUAAGUCCUUUCAUUGGUUAAAAAAAAGCCAAAGAACAGCUGCAGGGAACAGAUGAAGGAGUUUAAGAAAUGAGGCAAAGAAGAAAAAAACGAGAUAGCGAGGAUGUUUCGAAUGUGCUCAAAACAAACCAGAAAUCAAGGAAUUUUACUUGUGAUGCUGUCGGAUUUUAAUUGUUAGUGUCUCACGUUGUCUUGAGCAUUGUCAUACAGUAUAACCCCGUAAUUGGGAGGUUGUGAAAUCCUUUGUACUCUUUUGGUCUUGUUUCAGACUCUUAAUCACGGCCGUUGUUUUGCAACCUUUUUGCAGUUUCGUCGGCACAUUCUGUUCAUGGGAGUAUUGACCCAGCUGUUUGUUGUGAGUUUUGAGUUGCCCACGCUUCAAAAAAGAAACAGCAUUACUGAGACAGUAUUUUUAUUUUAUUUUUUUUUGGAUUUUUGUUUUUUGUUUUUUGGAAACGAGGGUUUGGACAGCCAACGGAUAAUGGAAGCACACUCACCAAGUUUACAUGUUUACACUUACAGUUUUGAUGUUGGCUUAAGGUAAGGGGGGAAAAAUAAGAGAAAUUAAGUAAAAAAAGCAUUAUAAGGAUCCAAAUAUCUUCUUAUUACAACAUUUAUUGCCAGAAUGGUAAAGCGAAGGCUUGCACCUGUUUGUCUGUUUCAUUUAGUCUGAUUCAGUAACCUGCUUGAAGCUCAAGAUACUGUGAGAGAGCAUAAUGACCAGAAGGGGUGGAAAGAAUUAAAGUUAAUAUUUCUAUUUCAAAUAGAGGCUAUUACACACUGUAUGUUGUGUAUCUGAACUGGAAAACAUUAAAAAGACAUUCUUA